GCUGUCCGCGGCGUGCGCGUCCUUCCGGUUAUGAGAUGAAUUGCCUUGGUGCAGUGUUUUGAUUGCUUUGAAUGCACUGACUGUGUUUCAGCGACCCCAGAGUCAUGGCAUGCGAAUGCAUGAUGGAUUUUACUUUACUUUGAUGCUUUUUCUUCGCCUCGAUCUGGCCAUGUCAUUCAAAACCGCUGGCAGUAACGUUAUGUCCAACGGGUUAACAAAUCAGCGGAGCUGACGAAGUGAAGCAGGUCCGGUUACCAUGGAGACGGAGUGUGAGCAUCAUGGGAUGUUUGUGGAUCCAGACUUUCCUGCUGACGACUCCUCACUCUUCAAUGACUACACCACACCCCUCCCCAAAUUGUUGGGUGAUGUCACAUGGCUCCGCCCACAGGAGAUCUGCAAGCAGCCUCAACUCUUCCCCAAUGACCCUGUGGAGUCUCACCCAAAGCAAGGCAUUCUGGGAGACUGCUGGUUGCUCUGUGCUUGCUCCAUGUUACUCAAGAACCAGCAUCUUCUGAACAAGGUAAUUCCACCAGAACAGCCUUUGUGGGGUGACCGUAUUUACCGCGGUGAAUUCCGGUUCCAGUUCUGGCAGAACGGGCACUGGAUAGAGGUACGGGUGGAUGACCGACUGCCCUGUAUCAAUGACACACUCUGUUUUUCACGAUGCCAGAGCUCUAGGGCAUUCUGGGUAGCGCUUUUGGAAAAAGCUUAUGCCAAGUUACAUGGUUCAUAUGAGCGCUUGUGGGCGGGGCAAGUAUGUGAGGCAAUUGUAGACUUGAGCGGAACCAUAGUGGUACGAUGGAGUCUAAAAGGGGCAGAGUCUCCACAACAGCCCAACGACUCAAAGUCUGAACACACGCCUAAUGGUUUGAGACUAUCUGAACUCUCACUGGAGCUGAAGCAGAGAUGUGCCAUCAGCUGCUGUGUCCACAGCGCCUCCACAGGUGUCCCAGAGCUUGGCCAGUUUCACGCCAUGAGUGUUAUGGAGUGGACAAAUGUGACAACCGCUGCAGGUGAACAAGUGGAGCUUAUCCGGAUACGAAACCCCUGGGGCAGGAGAAGCUGGGCCGGGGUCUGGAGGGAGAGUGGAUCAGGUUGGGCUUCUCUGGAGCCCUCUUCUGCCCAGGAUCUACUGGGCCGCACAGCAGAGGGGGAAUUCUGGAUGGACGAGACAGAAUUCCAGCAGGAAUUUGAUGAGGUCACAGUAGGCUAUCCUGUCAGUGAUGCAGGACACCUCCAAAGCAUCUACACAGGAAGCUAUCUUACUCACAGCCACCAGAUUGGAGGCCGCUGGGUCAAAGGUCACUCUGCGGGCGGUUGCCGCAACAACAGCACUUUUAGCAUCAACCCUAAGUUCUGGUUAAAAGUGUGCGAGAGAGGGGAAGUGUUGCUCUCGUUGCUGCAGUACGGACAUCGUGAACCACCAGCAGAGGGCGGCACUCGCCAGCACUCACACCUCCAGGCUGUUGCACUACAUGUGUGGAAGGUGGAGAAGAAACACUUUAACCUGAUGCGGACACUGAACAAGCCACCACUUGUGUCACACACACAUGCGUACGAUCGGGAAGUGGUUGUACACACUCACCUGAAUCCUGGUUUUUACCUGUUGGUUCCCAGUACCUUCCUGCAGGGAGCAGAGGGCCGGUUCCUUCUGAGAGUUCAUUCUUCCUGCUCUACCUCUCUCAGUGUGAUGAAAUCCCCUCCUCCUCUUCAGCAUUGUUCAGAGGGUGAGUGGGAAACCACCAUCUCUCAUGGCUGUUGGUCUGUUGGUUCUACUUCUGGAGGAAGUCGCAACUUCCCCACACAUGGACACAAUCCCCGUAUACCCCUUAAUGUGACCUAUGACCCUGGAAGUAACAAUAUAAAGGUCACUCUACGCCAAAACAGGCCUGAAAAUUCCCUUUAUGCCAUCGGCUUUCAUAUUUAUAAGGUACCUGAUGGUGACUCCCUGUUAACCCCAAGUUCCAUGUCUCCGGUGGUUAGCUGUGUACCUCAUGCCCACUCCCAGGAGGUCAGUGUGCUUUGCCGUCUACAGCCGGGCGAGUACAUCGUAAUUCCCUCCACCUACCAGCCAGAACUAAGCGCUCACUUCACACUCACUUUUACACGCAGAAUACAUCGGAAAGCAAUGCAGAGUCAAGAGCUUCUGGGCCAUGUUGUUCAGGAGGUCUCCUGUGUCUCUGUGAUGAGACGAUAGUCUGAGGAAGUGGAUCAGAUGCCCAUGUUGAGAUUAAAGUCUUCCCUUCCAUCCUCAGGACAGGAGCCUUGUCCACUCUAAUGGGAGCCAUCGGUGCAAAUACAUACCACAAACAGCUACCAAAACCCACCAGCAGUGGAUAAAUCAUGGUAUAUACUAAUUAUGAAUUUGUCACAAUGGUUGACUAGUCUUCCACCCUCUAAGAAACAUGUCAAGUCAGGGUCAUGUGACCCCGAUACAUCCUAAUUAUACAGCAUUAGUCAAACUGUUGUUACAGAUGUGUGAUUUUACAGUGGCUUCCGAUGUGGACAACUAAUCAGAAUUUUGAGUUUGAACAAAUAUGUUUUAUAAUAUUAGUUAUAGUAUAUUUUGUUUUUAAUUUAAGUGUUACAUAAUGUACCAUAAAUGUGCACUGAUUUCAGACUUGCAGUAUUUAUUAUGAAUCACCUUAGUUAUUACGAAUGAUCACAAAGAUCUUUGAGUUUUUUGCAAAAAAGUUGCAAAAAAAGUCAAAAUUAACCAACUAAAAUGCACCUUUCUAUUAUAAGUGUUUAAUUUACAAGAGUGUUAAAGACAGGCAUUACCAUGUGGUUAUUCAGUAUAAACACUUUUAUAUUCACAAAUAUUUAUACUGUAUCAUGAUAUUUAAAUUUACAUUGAAAGAAAAAAAUAAAGAACACCAAAAAAAAAAAAAAAAA